ACCACAUAACUGGCGAGUAAUGUGAUACAGGAUAAACACACAGCUGAAUCGUUCAAAAAAACUUCAGAAUGUUAGCGGUGAACCAACAUCUCUCUCGCCGUUUUUAAAGCCGUUUUAGUUUGAUCAACGAACCUUUCCGAGGCAUGGAUCACUAACUGAGUAAUUCCAUCGGAUCUACACUACGUUAUUGACAAGCUUUGAACUGCAAAUAAUGAAGCUUCAAUUAACGUAUUGUCCAAUUCAGGAGGUUGGCUUUCUACAAAUACUUUGCAGUCGAAAGUAUUUUAGGGCCAUAUGGUUGUGUUCUCUAACUGCCUUUAUUAUGAUGAUCACUUAUCACCUAAGUGAAUUCAGAGGAAAGAAUUUCGUCGGAGGCAAGUUUAAUCAUGCGGUAUCGCUACUCAUAAAGAAUUCUUCGUCAAGAAAUACAAGCCUAAUCGUUAAUCUAAGUCUCGAUAUAAAACAAAAAUCGACUGUUGUACAAAAUACUACAAAAGAUGGAACACGUUAUGAUUGUCACCGUUGGUGUCACAAAACAAACACAGCCGGUUCAAAGUAUUUUCUCAGCGGAGUCUUGCUUGUACGAAUUUAUUCCAGUGACUUGGCAAAACUUAGCACAAGAGAACUAUUGCAGUGGCUUUAUUAUCUAAAAUACGCUGGUUUUGAACAUGUUUACGUGUACGAUGCUUAUGUUUAUAAGAAUGAAUCACAAAAGAACGCGCUAGAAUUCCUCGUAAAGGAAGGCUUCGUCACAUAUGUGGACUGGAGUCACAAAGCGUUUCCCUAUUCAAUGACUGGAACUCAAGAAAGCGCCUAUCAGCAUUGCGUAGAAACAUGGGGCAAGAAAUCAAAUUGGCAAGCAAGCAUCGAUAUGGACGAGUACCCUUUCUGUCCGGAAGACACCAAACCCAAUUUCAUACAACGUUUCAUAGCUAAUUUCUCCAGAGAAAAACCCAGUGUUUCUCAGAUAACGAUGAAAAAUUUCUUGUUUCUUGGUAAACCAUUUAGCGAUAAGGAACGCCCGUUACUUCUCGAACGCCUCAAGCGGAGAACACGCGGACCGGCUAACAAUUUGGUUAAACCCAUCUACAAGACUUCGGAUAUAUUACGUUCUCACGUCCAUCACCACGCCUUAUCACAUGGCUUUUCAGAGGACGCAGAUGAAAGUAAAAUAAGACUUAACCAUUACUGGGGUGCUAGACUUCAAAACUGGGGAGAUGACACGCCAGAAAUUUUGUCAAAAACCAUGGAAGAUAACACGGUAGAUGAAAUUGUAAGAGAACUGCAAAGAUGUGAUCAUGUUUGCCUACCGGACGAAUCCUUAAUUCAUACAGUUCGCUGGAAUUGAGCUAUUCUCGAUCUGUACAAA